ACUUGAUUUCAAGGCCAUCUAAUUAGGAUAUGGCUGAAGUGGUAAGUUUUUCUUUACACUUACAUUUACUUAUAAGCUUAAUAAUUAUUUUUUGUGUGAAAAGCAUGUGUUUUUAUUUCUAGAAAUGGGCACUAUUAUAUUUAAAUGUUAAGACAAAAUAUUGUAUAUUCUUUAUCUGAAAUACACAUUCUUCUCUCAUAAAUCCAAGAUAAACUGCCGCACUUAAUAGAUUAAAAAUUUUAAUUGGAUAUUUUCAACUGUGUCCAUAUAUUUUGGCCUGUUUUUAAAUUAUGUGCUUUUUUAAGCGAGUUUGUGGCACUUUAACUUUAUAAAAAACUUCUAACAAUGUGCUUAUAUAGUUUUGCAGUGGUUGUCAUACUUAAUUAGCAUCUCAGCCUUGUUUGACUCUAUAUAUUCUUUGUCAGGUCUUUUCUCAAAAUUGCUUUGAUCUUCUACCUUUCUUGCUACAUUUAAGAAAAUAAUAAUACUCUUUUAACUCGCAUAACUCAUUCAGAUUUCAAGGAACAGAACUACCCCCCGAAUGCAUGCUAAAAAGUCUGGAAGAAGAACUCCUCGGCGACCAGGUACAACUGAUAUAAAUUGCCACUAAUUAAGUCAUUUAAAUUUGUAUCAUUAUAAAAUAUCAGUUUGUUUCUUGGUGUAAGAUUUUGUGUAGCUAACAGCAUCAAUACAUUUUUGAUUGAAGCGUCUCAUCCACAAUUAUUUUCUUGCUCAAGAGCUGUAGUCAUAUUGCAUAAGUUUAAAAUGUUACACCACUUUUUUCAAAUAAAAAUGCCAUUUCUGAAAUGAAAAAAAAAGUAAAAAAUUCAUUAAUAUAUAUUUAUUUAGACAUCAGUAAACCAUCAAAAAUAGUAUAUAACAGCAUGUGACAACAAAUUUGUAUGAUUAAAUCGUUAUAGUAUCACAAUGUAACAAACUACAUGUAUAUUGUGAACUUCUAUUAGCACCUCUUAUGUCAAAGAUGUGGUCUUUAGUAGAAACAUGAACAAAAUAUUUCCUUUUUUGUUUGAGAAUAGGCAUUAUUUUGAAACUGAUGCAUUUUCCCCAGUUUGACCAUUAUUCAUUAUUACCUUGAUAUUCAUCUCCCCACACAUUUAAAGUAAACUAUGUAAAAAAAAAAUUGAUAAUAUGAAAACUUUCAUCUGAUCAUUAGUGACUCCAGGAAAACUAAAAACUGGAAAAGAUCUCUGGAUGGUAGCAUUAAAAAAAAGACAAACUUGUAAGUUAUAUUUGUAAUGCAUUUAUGUGUGUUUUAUCAUAAAUUAUGCAAAAUAAUUUAAGUUCUUGGAUUUUUGCUUUACAGAAAUUAGUAUAAUAAGUGUGAUAAAAGAAUGACUUCAGAUUGAUUGUUAAAUUAUCUUUUAUAAGUAUUUUUUUUAAGGAAUCAAGAAUUUUCAUGUUUCAGUAACUUUAUCAAAUGGCUAUCGACCGACAAGUCCCCGGCAUAGAACACCAACAGAGUUUUUUAUUGACACAUUACGCAAGACUGGAGUAGGUAGGUAGCCAAUUGUUAAUAAAAUUAUGCAAUUUUUUUACACUGUUAUUUAAAUUGUAUUUUCUAAACUGUAGAGCAUAUAUAUAUAUCAAUGUAGAUCACGAUGUAAAAAAUUGAACAAAUAAUAAAUGAAUCAGGACCAAAAAUUAAAUGCAUCCCCUACAAAGAAGAAUAACUGAUUAGUACCUUAACACUGUAGUGCACAACUUUUCGAUGGGUGCGACCCAACUGAACAAAUAGUUAAUCAUGGAGACCCACCUUCUCACCUUGUAAAAAUAAAAUAAGGUUGUGUGCAGUACAAGUACAAGUUUGGUAAACUUAUUAAAUUUAUUUAUAAAAAUGUUUGUUUUCUUUUUAUAUUUAAAAAAUACAUAACUUUCAACUAUCUCAAUGAUAAUACAGCUAAUUUGUCAAGAGAGUACAAUUUUAAUUAUUUUUUACCUAAACAAACAAAACUCAGUUUCAAAAGUCAUGCUAUUACCAAAAAAAAAUAAUAAGAUUAUAUUGCUACAUUUUUUGCCUCUAUUUCUGAUGUACAGGUCAUAUUUUUGUGUAAAAACUGCUAUGGGGAAAUUUAUUUACUUCCAGGGCUCAGCACAGAGACAAACAAGAACCAAUCCUUAACUGGACUGCCACGGGGGAACACACAAGCAUAUCCAUAUCUUAGUACGUCUCAUUAUAUGAGACAGGUGAUGGGGGUUGAAAACAGUGCUCGCACAGAAAAUGGGACUUUAGGUAAGGAGUGCUUUGUAAUUUUGGUACUACGAUUGGACACAUGAAAGAAAGAGAAAUAUUAGAGAAAUCAUAUCAUAGCUGAUAGGUAGAUAACAAAUAAAUGAUACAUUCAUUCACUAGUAUUAAAAUUAGUUGUUUUUUCAUUAGAAAAUUUUUAUUACACUAAACCCAAGAAAGAUUUCAAAAAAUGGUUUUCAAUAAUUUCUUUGUUCAGUUCGGCAAAAUUUUGGUACUCCAGCUUAUAAAACACAAGAAGAAUACUAUGAUGAAGUUUUGUCUUUGAGGAAGGUAAAUAUAGUUUUCCAUUUGUUUUAAUUUUACAAAGUAUUAUAUUGUUAAGAGCUAUCUACAAUUGGUCAGGUCUAGAUUGCUAAUUUAUUUGUUUGUUACUUCAUCUUCUCCAGCAAAUAGCUGCAUUAAGCCUGGAAACUGCCACAAAUAAGACAAAAAUAAGAAGGUUAGAGGAGGAUAAUGUUAAAAAGGUAAUCAAACUCUAAAAUGUUUUACAAGUGAAGAAAAUGUUUUGGAUGUGGACUUAUAAUAUAUAUUUUAUUUAAAUUGAUGUUUUCACUAAUUAAAAAAUAAAAAGCAAUUCUCUGAAACACAUGACACAUUGUGUUUUAUUUGGGUCAUGUUUAAUUUUAAUGCAAGUUUAAUGUCUUGGAUGAUAAGCGCCAUUUUUACAGGAAAUUAAGCUUUGUGGCUUAUUUUUGAAUAUCUCAAAAGUGCAUCAAAGAAAUAAAGCAUUUUUUGUUAAUUUCGCCAUAGUAAAAUAACAUACCUGUUUACUCUUAAGAUUUUGGCGUUCAAUGUACGAUUUUGAGAUGUAUACAUUAUAUAUACUGUAUGUUUACUUUUUUACUAUUAAGAUGAUAUAUUGAACUAUUUAGUGAUGAUAUUGUCCUUCCCGGGGCUCCGGUUGACAAGUCUGUGGUGACUUGUCGAUUAGGAGGCGUUGGCCACCCACCCCCUCGACGUUAACCGAGGAACACAACCGCUGGGCGCAUCCUGCGUGGGCAGACAAGGGGCAUGCUCAGUACGUGCCGUAAAUAAAACAGCACCUAAAGGGCUGUCAGUUGUGAUGCUUCACAAUUGGAAGAAAGGCAGAGAUAGGGUAGGGAUAAUGAUUGCAAGUUGCCGUUUAUUGAUGAGAGGCGAAGGUGGUAACCUCUGGCCGAUGAUUCUUACUAUGCAGCCCUGAGAAGCUGUUCCAAGGCAACCGUUUCAACCCAGCUACUUCGCAAAUUAGUUGUGUUGUGGAAACCCACUGUAGAAUCCCUCUUACAGGGUGUCCAACGCUUCCCCGGGAUGGGUGGGGGAAGAUUUUAGGGCGUAAAUUUACCAUCCUAACUCCUGAGAAAGUCGAUCGUGUGCACUGUGGGCAAACACAGUGUCGGACCAACCGGGUGUCUUUUGGUUGGGGCGGCCUUCAGCAGAACCCGGUCGAGCGGACUCGGGUGGGGGCUGUCCUGGCAAAAGGACAUCUCCAACCGGGCUUAGGGGGGGUGCUUUGGGGAGGGCACCAUUUCUUAAUGUGACAUUUCAGUGAUUAUAUUGUACGAUUUUAAGAGUUUGAGGGUAAACAUGUCUGAAAUAAGUGUUUCUUUUUUUUUCCUGUCCUCAAAUUAGGAAAAGGAAAUUGAAGGUUUGCUUAAUCCUGGUAAGGUGAGGACUUUUAAACUGUAUAGAAGCCUUUCAAUUAAACAAAGAUUCUUGUUCAACAUUUUUUUUAUUCCUUUACAUUUUCCAUGAAAUGGAGUUCAUAGUUUUAUUUCCAUUUUAAGCUUACAUUUUCCUUAAAGUUGUGUCAGCAGUUAUCACGGGAAUUAUUAUUUUAUAAUUAAUGUAAUGUUGCAAUUAUUACUCAUGUAUCUAGAAUGGUGAACUGCGUAGAACCAUUGGGGACAGGCAAGCAGACUCUGGUGCUGUUGUUCACAGCUACAAGCAGAAAAUACUGAAAUUAGAAACACAGUUAAAAGACAAAGAGGCAGCAUUUAGGUACCGGUAGCUAAAGAAUAUGGGUUAUGGUUCUUGCAUUGGGCUUCCAUUUUUUUUAUCUUGUUGCCUUUCAAAUUUAAUGAUGGUCAAUGUUUUCUUUGUGAUAUUUUAAGAUUUCUUUAGUUACAUUAUAGUUUUAUUGAUACACAUUUUCUUAUUCUUUUUGUGAUAUAUUUUUUUUUAGACACAUUAGUGAUGUGGAACUUUUAUCCUAAUUCAAAUCAUAACAUUAAAGCAGGAAGCAAAAAUAUACUUAAUAUUAUUGUUAAUAUUAUUGUGAGAAAAUUAUGAUUAUAGGUCAGGAGUAGCUCUAUAAUUUUUCUCUCAGCUUUAUAAAACUACUUUUUUUAAAAUGGUUUAUUUGUACUUGAAUGUUUGAUGUCUGUUGUUGAAAGAUAUAUCAUGUCUCCAUUUCCCCCCACACAGCAAACUUCAGUCAGAUCUGAAAACAACAAAGCUAGACGAGAUGAGAGUUCAGCUUGAAGCUGUUUAUUCUGAGCUGCUAAGACUUCAGAUGUCAAAGGAUUCAGUGGCUGAUAAAUCAAGGUAAAAAUUAACAAUUCAGUUGUAUUGCUGACAGAAUUGACCUGUUUCAUUAUUGAGUACCAGAAAGUCUAGCAAAGACACAAACAUAAAUAUUUGUGAAAAUUUUUAUCCCAAUUAUAUUGUUUACUUUUCCUUGUAUGUUUUUCUUUUCUGUUUCUAGUAGUUCUGGUCGAGAGAACACCGCCAAGGUCAAGGCCUUAAGUGAAACUGUCAUCCGUCUUAGCAAAUCCAAUGAGCAGCUGCAAGCGGAUAACAAAGCUCUGAAAGAUGAUCUCAACAGAAUCAUGGAAAAUGCAGAUUCCAAUGUGGAUGUUAAAAGUUUGUGGUUUAAUCUCAUGAUUUUUUGUUUAUACAAAAUGAAUGACUUGAUUGAAUUUAGCUCUGGUGGUUAAGUGCAAAUUUAAAAGUUUUGUUAAUUAAAUGUUAAAAUAAGUCUUGCAAUUCAAAAUUUAUAGUUGAUCUAUGCAAAACAAAAAAAAAAGGAAUUUAACAUAUAUUUUGUCCAAGAUACUUGUGAUAAUAUAAUGGCAUUUUACCACUUGUCAUAACAGAAGAAUACACAGAGAUGAACCGGAAUGAACUACUGAAGGCUAUAAAAACAAUGGAAAAGGUAAAAUAAAUUCUUAAUGUGGUUAAAACAAAGUCCUGGACCUUUCUUUUGGCCGUUUCUUGAUAUAAGUUGAAGACUUGUUUGAAAAUUAUCAUCAGAAUAAUUGUCAGAAAUAUAUAAAGAAAAUAACUCAAUUAAUGUUUGAAUUUUUUCCCCAUCUUUUUUUUAGUAUUGUACUUAAAAUAGAUUCAUAUCUGUUCAUCAGGUGUACUUCUCAGGGGCUACUCUAACGCUUAAGAAAACCCCUAAUCACCAUUAACUAAUAAGACAAAAUGUAGGCCUAAGGGGCCCGUCCAUUCACAUUGAUUGUAGAAAGUGCUCAGUAAGUCAAAAAGGUUGGGUACCACUGGUUUAAUGUAUAAGAACUUAGCAAAUCAUAAAGUUGAGUUGUUGUGGGUGCCUGUAUAUUCAUCCCACCACUAAAGUUGACAGAUGCCGCAAGGUAUGAGUCCUGCUGGAGGUUCAUGUUGUGUAUAUCAGAGUGUCCUUAAAACAUCCAAUCCACAGCCAGCGUGGUCUUCCUCUGGCCCUGAAGCUGGAUUGCCUGCUAUUGACCAGGUGGCCACACCAAUUAAUUUGUUGCUGGGUCAUGUGUUGGCUGAAUGGGUUGGCACCAAACUUAUUUCCUGGUUCCUAAUAUGGCCCAUUCUUGUUUUACCAGCUGUCUGCCUCAAACAUCUUAAAGUAAUCAGCAUCAUAAAAUAUACAUGGUUAUGGAAACCACAACUUUUAAUUCUACAGAAACUUGAGCAAGCUGAACAAGGAAUGUAUGAUAAUGAGGACAUGUCAGCAAGGUCAUAUGAUACUCCUAGAAAAACUCAAGGCUAGUAAUCUCUUAGUUCUGCAUUGUUUACAUUUGGCUGGAAUUUAUUUUUCUUUGAAUAGGACUGGUUUGUUAACAAAAGCAGUUGAUUUGUUAAAGCUCUGAAAUAUACACAUAACUUCAGCUAGAAUUAAUUCUGAUAAGAAUGAGAAUUUGUUUAAAUAAAUAAACUCAAUCUACUAACCUGACAUAACUUUAAAAAUGAAGUACACUGGUUUAUAUAUGCCUUAAUUUACAUUUUGAAUUAGACCCAAAGUACUGACUAAUCAGCAAUUUAAUGACAGUUUAAACAAAAAGAUGUAUAAGUGCUUGUGAAUAUUUUCUCAUUAUUAUAAAGGUAAAAUUGAACUCCGGGGUAGUUUGGAAGACAGGCUUCAACAGCUUGAUCAAAGAGAGACGCAACUCUUGCAAGAGGUAGACAGGUUGAGGGCAAUGUUGAAGAAAAGCAGGGAGGAAAGGAAGAGAAAGGAAGAGUAAGAUUUCUAAUAUUUCUGAUCAAAUAUGAUAAAAAGAAUAAUUUAUAUAUAACUGUGUAUUUCAAAUGGGGCCACCCUUAAAUAAAUAAUUUAUCCUUGCAGCACCCCUUCUAAAUUUUGAUUUUAGUACAUAUUUAAGCCAUAAUGAGUGAAAAGAAGAAUUACAGCAGAUUCCUCUCAAUAUUGCCUUUAUAGACCUGAGGAAGCCAUGUAACAUUAUUGGCGUGAGCACACUCAACAGACAUCUGCGGAAUAUCAUCUCCUUCUCCCCUACUUGUUUUUGGUUUAAACUUGUCCCCACUGGGGAAUAAAUAAUUGAAAAAUUCUGAUUUGAUAAUGUAUUACAUUUUUAAAAAAUUACAUUUUUAAAUACCAACUUCUGAUACGGUACUUGUCUUGUGAUAAAAUGAUUAUAAUUUUGUUUGUAGGGCCUCAUCACUUCCACCUACACCACGGAGGAGAAAUAGGUAAAUAAAAAUAAAUGUGGACAAUCUGGAUUUAUUGUGAAUUUACCAAUGCAGCAUAAUGAAACAAAGAAGAACUUAAAUCCAAGAUUUUUGUUAAUUAAUUCUUCUUCUUUCUAAACCAAUUGCUUAUUUAAACACUUUUUUGUCUUGUACUUUUGAUCGUUAUUUCUUUGCAAUUUUUAUUUCUGAAUUGUUGAUAUUAAAUUUGUUAAAAAUGUCUUAUUUAACUUAGUUUACCAAAUUUUGUAAUUGUUCUCUUCAUAGCAUCAUCAGUAGUCAAGCAGUUGAUGAAGUUAAAACUGUGAGGCAGUUGAAAUCAGAGGCAGGGUCUCGGCCAGGCACAGGUGUCAGAUCAGAUACUGGGUCUCGACCAAGUACUGCUGUAAGAGUAGGUGGGUCUCGGCCUGGCACUGCAAGGUCAGAUACUGGUUCAAGGCCUGGAAGUGCACUGUCCAGGGAAGGCAAAGUCGAAAGUUUCAAACAAAAACAUGCAGCUACGAGUAUACAGAGGCGAUGGAGACAACGACAGCAGAUCAAGACAAAUAGCGAGGUAAAGUUAUUUUAAGCUUUUGGAUAUUUUGAUAUGGCUAUUUUAUAACUCAUGGCAGAUGGGGAAAAGUGUGUGUUCAUUCAUAUAGUACGCAUGCACUCACAAAAUACAUAUGUUGGGUGGGAGGGAUGUCAUCAGAAUAAAUAUGUACAUAUAAAAUAUUUCUAGUUCUCUCUCCGUUGAUGAAGAGAUAAAUAUCAGGAUUGCAAAAGCAACAGCAACUAUGGCUAAACUGAAUAAGGGGGUGUGGAACAAUAUCAAUCAACCGAUAAAACAAAAAUAAGUGUCUAUCAGGCAUGUGUGCUUAGUAUGCUCCUAUAUGGAAGUGAAGUGAGGACCACAUAUACCAGGCGGGAGCGGAAACUCAAAAGCUUUCACCAAAGAUGACUGCGUCACAUUUUACGCAUUCAAUGGCAGGACAAGGUGCCUAACACGAAGGUUUUGGAACAUGCACACAUGUUUAGCGUAUUCUCCUUUUUUAGAAAGAGGCGCCUUCGCUGGUUAGGCCACAUAAGGAGAAUGGAGGAAGGCCGUAUCUCAAAGAUGCUGCUGUAUGGAGAGUUGGCAGAAGGGACAAGACUUAUUGGAUGGCCACGCCUGAUAUUUUUGGACGUUUGCAAAAGAGCAUGAGGGAAGCCAAUAUUGAAAACAACGAAUGGGAGCACAUUGGCGAAUAACGUUCCAUCUGGCGAACAGCAGUGUAUGAAGGAGUAAAACGGGCAGAAGAUACGUUAAACGAGGCCCUUGAAACAAAAGAACAAUACGGAAGUCAAAAUCUUAACAGGAAUCAAUAUUCUCCUGCGAGAAAUGCAGUUGAGAUUGUCAUUCUAGCAUUGAUCUAGUGAGCCACUCGUCGAAGUGUAGGACUACGUAGCUACUUCACCGUCUCGCGAAGACGGAAGGAUGCCAUCUAUCUACCAGUAUGCACAAAUUCUGCAAUAAUAAAAGUCUGAAGUUUUACAGUCCAUAAAUGGCCUAUUUAUAUAUCCAAUAAAGCUGUCACCCAAUAAAUCUUUGUAAUCCAUCAUUCUUUUUAUUUUCAUUGGCUAUAAAAAAUUCACUGCCACAUAUGCAAUGAUUAGUCAUACUGUUGCUUUCAGUUUUGAAAAAGGAACUCGCUAGAUAUGACAACAGUUAUAUUUAACCUAUUGAAAACUUUAGACCCCAAUAUAUUUUUCAGUGCAUGUGAAGUAAUUUGCAACCUUAUUAUUUUGUUCUGCUGAAACAAAGAAAGGCUUAUUUCUAUAAAUGCAUUGAGUAUGUAUGGUCCAAAUAUGUAUGAGGGCAACAGGGGGAGCAGGGUUUGAUAAUUUCACUUUUUUGCUCACUUGAUUUGUGGUUGACCCUUUACCGACAUAAGGUGCUUGUGCUGGGAAAGGGGAAAAACACAAUAGCAGCUUUAACUUAAUGAUCAGGCUGGAAUCUUAACUCAUUGUUUAAGUAAACGUUUGAAGUAUCACUGCUUAUAAGUAAAAGUAAUCUUUUGAUAUGGUGAAGUAUGCUGUUUACUAACCUUGAGUGAUCACCAUGUUUUACUUGAUGAAACUAUUAGGUUAUCAGUAGGUGGGAAAAGUGAGGGAGCAUUUUAUGCUUUACCUUGUGCAUUUUGUCAUUCUCAGAGCUCUUUUCAAUCUAGAUGGUGAUGAUAUAAUUUUAAUGGUGCACUGGAGCACGAUUUUCUUAAAAUUGUGGCUUAUGACAUUGGCCAGUGUUCCCUGGUUUUCCAACCUAAUUUUAAACGUUUUACAGCAAUAUCAUAAUAAAUGGGGAAUGAGAUCAUAAUAUUGCCAUUUGCUACUGUAGCCUACUGUAGGAGUGUUUCAAAUGCUUCUUCAUUUAAAAACACAAAAAAACAAUAAAGACAAACUGACAAAAUAUCGAAAUUGAGAUGAGGUUAGUAUUAACAAGAACUCAACUUCAAAUCUUGAAGCUUGUUAGUGAGUCAAUAUUUCAAUUAUCACAUUAAAUAUUUAGUAAGUUAAAAUUACAUUGAAUUAUAUUAUACUGAAAAAAAAUAUUUUCUGUUCAAAUUCAUUGUAUUUUUCUUCUACUGGUACCCUAUUAUAAGCAUUUUUAAAAUGUAUAAGUGUCACAGGUCACUGUUCUUAUAUAAAGUGAGGUGAGGACUCAGAACCCCAGAUGACCCUUAAAAAUUGUAUUUUGCACCCUAGACUGUAUUACAUACCUCUCUCACUAGAACUGACCACUGGCCAUCACAAGUCUGUGCUUUUACCCUUAUUCAAUUAAGGCACCCUGGAGAUGACGAUAGUUGUUAGCAUUUGUAUUUUAUAUUCAGGUUGAAGCCUUUAGAGAAAAUCGUGCUGCAAAGAAGAUUCAACAUGGAUGGUUUGACUACAAAAAACGUCAUUAUGAUGAAGAAAUGGAUGAUGUAUGUACAAUGUAUUUUAUAAUGUAAAACAUUAAUUUUAAAGCUUUCAAUUUUUUCAUUGAAAACAUUGUAUAAAAAAUACAUUGAAAAGGUUUUAAAUAUUUCACGAGUUUAAAUUGUUACAGGCAUUAAUGUUGGUUGAUGAUGUCUACAUUUUAAAUUUAAAGUUUCAAAAGAAGAAUCAAAGCAUCAGUAUUUUGUAUAUUAUUUCUUAAAUUCUUUGCAGGCAGCCUUUCUUAUCCAAGGUACCCUCAAAGGACACCACAUAAGACAUCAGAAAAUAGGUCACCCUACUGAGAUGGAGGAUGAUGUAUAUUUAAUCCAAUCUAGCCUCAGAGGUCACAAGGUCAGGCAGCAGAAGUUGAGAACAAUGAGAAACAUGUAAGUUUAAAUUUAAUUACCUGUAUGUUGCAUGAUUUUACUCUGGUAAAAAAGCUAAAAAUUUGUUUUAAGGAUAGGGUAAAUGAGAUUUAUUGGCUUUGAUUUUUUCAAGUUAAAUAUUAAACUCUUUAAUGCAAUAUUCUUAUUAUUUGCCAGUUAUUUUAUCAAUUAAGCAAUAUUUAUGUGUAGGAGUAUGUAUGAAUUUAAAUUCUUUUAUUUUUGUGGGGUUGGUGCUGGGGGCAAAAACAAAUGAGUAAAAUAUGAAGGGGUAACCUGAAUAAAUCCAUCAUUGGGAUAACCAUUAUCUUCUCUCAGCAAACCUGGAUAUUCGAUUAUAUCUUGACUUUGAUCUUUCUUCACUACUGCUUGAUGUGACAGGCUAAUACUCAUACAAAUUUCCCUACUAUCACCAAUGUUUUCAUCAUUUCAUUAGGGAAGUGGAUGAAGAUGGUUACCUGAGUGGACGGAGACAAAGUUCUCCUUUACAGAGGCCACCCACAGCAACAAGACCAAUUUCAGGUGGAAGUCGCAGACCUUCAGAUAGUCGACCUUCAACCUCAAGCAGACGAGUUUCUGUUGGCUCAUUGCAACGACCUUCAUCAGCAUCUAUAGCUAAAGUAAAUACCUAACAGUAAUUAAAGCAUAAAAUUCAAAACACCUCACAAAUUUAUUAUUUUUAAAAAAAUGAUCUAAAUUUUGUGAGUUAAUGUUUUUGAAGAAAUAAAAUUUUAAGUAAUCUAAACUAUCUGAAGCAGUUUAUGGAUUUUAAUUAUACAAGAUGUCCAAAUGCAAAAAAUCAACAAAAGAUACAUUGGGGAUGAGAUUUUACUAACUCAAAAGCAAAACAAAAAAAUUGUGUGUGCUUAAAAGCCUUCUUGAGCAAACAAAGAAGUACAUUCAAGUAAAUAUUAUAAAAGACAUAAAUCUUGUGUAUAUGGAAAGGUGAUUUGUAGAGGUGAGAAACAUCUCAUUAAAUAGGAGAGAGUCUUGUUAUAAGAAGCCAACUUCUAGUUAUGAUUACACACUGGUGCUUAUUGUUGCAACAUAAGGUGGUGUAGUAUAACUGUCUCAUAUUGUUUAGGUGGAGAUGUUUUUUUAAAAUCAAAGACAUUUUUACAGCCACAAGUCACAGUGUGAUUUACACUGCAUUAGGAGAAAAAAAGGUUGGUGUAAGACCGAGUGGCAUUGGUGACCAGUUUAGGAACAUUUAGGAACACUCAUUUUAUUUAAAGAAACAGGAAUAUUGCCUGUCACUAAGCAUUACAGAGGAAUUCUACACAUAUACUGUACUAAUUGAAACAUUUUCAUAAGGAAAACAGGAUGAUUUUUAGAUUUGAAGGAUAUUAUGAAGUCCAUUAUUAAAUAAUAUGCAGUAUUUUAUCAAUUUUCAUGUAUUAUAAUACUACCAUCUCUUAUUAUUCUGUGUUCUUUGGGCCUUUUUCAUUUGUAGUAGUGUUAUGAUUAUUACUUAAUUAAAAAUUUUUUUAAUAAGCUGUAGAAAAAUAUUUGUAUAUAAUUAUAACAUAGAUUUUGAAAGCAGAAGAAGGCAUGUUGCCAAAAUGUUCAGCUUCUUUUAUGUCAUAAAUUAAUAUAGCUUCCACCGCUUUUAAAAUCUACUUAACUCAUUUAGCCUGUUAUCAGGAAUCUUCCCAUUGAAAAACAGAUUUUUGGGGGUUGUGGAGUGUUGCUGAAAAUUUGAUAGAGUGUAUUGUCAUCGGCAAACGAGUCUAAGGGCCAAAUUUCAAAAGAAAAGUUAAUAUAAAGGAUUAAAAAAAAUAUACUUACCCUAAUUAUGGAGAAGGAUAUAAAUAAUGAAACACUUUUUAUAAAAAAGGGGGAAGAUUCACAAAAUAGGGAAGAUUUAGCAAAUUGUCUACCUUAUUAAUAGUGAUAGUGUCACACAAAAUUAUGGAACUGAGUGCCAAACUCACAAUUAUUCAGCCAAGUUUCAUUAUUAAGCAAAAGCUGUUACUCUGAAUUGGCUAUGGGAAAACACAGUACCAUAAUUUUUUUGCUUGAUUGUUCCAGAGAGGAUCCACCAGUCAGGUCUUUCAGGCUAAAUAUGAUAUGCCUCCUUCUGGCUUGGACGAUGAUGACGACGAUGACAUAAUGAUAUAAAAACUCAUCCAGGAACUGUUGUACCAAGUUCAAUAGACAAGAACUAAGCUUUACACAACACUUCACUUUUAUUUGUUAAAAUUUAUAAAAGCUUUUAGAUCUCUGUGGCUGAGAAUGUAAUUACUUUCCAUUUAAGUCAUUCAAUUUAUUUAUUUUUGAAUAAAGCUUUAUUUGACAGGAUAAAUUUAGAUCUUAUUUCGAAAUUGGUUAUAUAUUUGCUUACAGUGUUUAAGAUCAAUGCUAAUUACCCUAGCUGGUAUUUAAAAUAUGUAUUUUCCAUAAUUGUUCAAAUCUCAGUCAAUUUGAGGCUGGAGAAAAUUAAAUUCAGCAAUUACAAAAAAAAAUAAUUUAUUACUUUUAUUCAUAGAAAAAGAAAAUAAAUUAUUCUGGUAAUUGUAGGAUACAAAGUACAAUGAACAAAAGACUAAAACAGCUAACUAUUUUGAAUUAGCGGGUAAUAAAUUAUAUAUACUUUCAAAACAUCUUUUGUUGUCUGGUAGCAAGUCUAUGAUACUAUUUCAGAGAUGAAAUACUGUAGUUCUUAUAAUUUUAUCAGUGUAUAGUAAAAAAUAGUUUUUUGUUUCUCAAAGGGAUGGAACUUUUAAAAUUAUUAUAUUAUAUAUUUAUGAACUAUUAAGGAGAUAAUACUUUGGAGUUUUUAUCAGUGUUUUGAAGGAAGUGACUAGCUGGUUAAUUAAUACUGUAUACAAAUAUAUAUUAGGAUACUACAUACAAUUCACAAUGGAAUUAUUGAAAGAUUUUAAAAUCUUUUGAGACAUGUCCAUUUGCUUAUUUCAAUAUUUUAAAAAGUUUUAUUCAAUAAAAUUUGUAUUUCACUUGCUUAUGAGGAUCAUGAAAUAGGUUUUUCCUCCAGUUGUAUAACCUACAAUUCUUAAAAUAAGAAUCUUAAUACAAACCCCCACAGCUUUUGUCAAUGUUAUUUAAAAAUUCAAUUCAUCUCUGUAAACAAAAAAAAGUGAAACAUAAUAUUGUACGGUAUACAAUUUAUAUCUUGAUCUUAAAUUAAGGCAUCUUUAAAAAUACCCCAUGUUAUUAGUUAUGAUCUAUUAACUUCUUCAAUGAACACAUUCUAUUGUGAUCUAUCUAAAAUAAAAAUAAUAAAAUAAUAAAGCAUUGUACCGGUACUUUUAAUAUAAGUAUAAAGUAUUUUAUUUUAGUUAGUUUAACUUUUGUGAUAAUGUUAACUUUUUCAAAAUGAUGAGCAAAAAAAUUGUUACACUAUUUAUUAAAACAAAAUUGAAUGUAAAUUUUCUGUUAUAUAUUAUUAUGUUAAACCAUUUAAAAAACAUUGUUUCAUUGACAAGUCUCUAUUAGUUUUGUAUGUUAAACCUAUACUAUAUAAUAAAGGGCUAUUUAUAUUUUAAAGUUAGAUUUAAAUUUCUUUCUUUUACCACCAGCUCAUUAACUUUGUGCACAACUAAAUAAGUUUUUAUGAAACUGAUGUAAAGGAUGUUAUAACAUCUAGGGCAGUCAUUAUUAAAUAGCUUAUUUAAUGGAUUUUUUUUCAAAAUUCUGCCAAUCUUUUCUCAAUUUUAUUUUUAAAUCCCACAAUAGAUGUUAAACAUUUGAAUAUUCAUAAUUUCCUGCGUUUAGCGUAAGCAAAAAUGCCAAAAUUCUACAUAAUUGUUUAAAAAUAAAGACUGGUCACGUCUAUUUUCUGACCACAACUGAAUGAAAAGACUAAUAAUAAUAAACUCAAGCCAAAAAAAACCCAACAAGAUGACCAUAUUAUUUAAUUAAUAACUGUUGUUGAAGCCUAAUUAGUCAAUCAAAUUUAAAUUUACUUCAGUUGUCAUUUCAGUGGUGAGAGAAAGUUGGUUGUGAUAUCAUGAGUUUCUUGUGCUUUUUCUAUUUGAAAGGGUUUGGUAAGCACUGAUUAUUAUGAAAUGGUUAUAAAUGGGGUUUACUACUACAGAUAUGUCUUUAGCUGAUAUAUAGUUAUUUUAACUAAAAUUGAAAACUAUGUAAAACAGUGGUUCUCAACCUUCCUAAUCCCGCGACCCUUAAAUACAGUUCCCUCAUGUUGUGGCGACUCCCAACCACAAUAUUAUUUUCGUUGCUACUUCAUAACUGCAGACAAUAUGUGUUUUCUGAUUGUCUUAGGCGAUGCCUGUGAAAGGGCCAUUCGACCCCCAAAGGAGUCGCGACACACAGGUUGAGAACCGCUGAUGUAAAAGAUCAAUCAGAUGUAACAUACUUUGUCUUUAGUAAGAAUGGAUUUUGCAAUUAAGUUUGAAUGCACAAACUGACUAUUGUGAAUGAACACAAAAUGUGCCAUAGUACUGUGUCCUAAGAUUAUGUUUGUGUUUUUCAAAUUUUUAAUCUAUGCAUUCUCAUGCUGGAGGAAAAAAUAAAACAAUUGCAUGGUUGAAUGAAUGGUUGCACAAUUUUUUGUUGUAGAACACUCAUCUUAGAUCUCAAAAAUAAGUAUAUAUAAAUAAAAUACAUUUUCUUU